UAUACACUCUUCUUCACAACUACUUCUCUUCCUCGUUUUUGAAUUAGGGUUUCCUUCUUUUUCUGUUUCUUCUUUUCUUUCACCUUAAACCCCCUUCCCCCAAUCAUCUACUCUACUAGCCGUUGCCCGUUGCCCUUCUCUUUCCCGCCACUUUCACUCUUAUCCUAGCCGUUGCUCCUCCUUUUUCAAAUUCCACCCGUUAGAUCUGUGCUCCCUCUAAAUUUUGACUCUUGUUUGCCGGGUUUGACUCGAAAUGUCUGAGGUUCAAGCCGAGAAGAAAGUUGAAAAAGAGGACGAGAAGAAGGUAGCGAAGGGAGGAGAACUCUUGUUUUGUGGAUCCACUUGUUGGGAUUUGGUUGGUCGUCGUAAAGGUACUCUUGAAGGCAACUUGGUCUCCCCCACCCGCCUCCGCCCUCUCGUUGGUAUUGACAUCCGGUUCGUUGCCUCUGGUUGCGUAUCGUGUCAUUGUGUGGCGUUAGAUGUUGAAGGGCGUUGCUACACGUGGGGACGAAAUGAGAAGGGUCAACUGGGUCAUGGGGAUAAAAUUCAGCGUGAUAGGCCUACCGUUGUUUCCGAGCUUUCAAAGUACAAAAUUACGAAGGCUGGAGCAGGGAGGAGCCACACUGUGGUGGUUACUGAAGAUGGUCAUUCCCUAGCCUUUGGUUGGAAUAAACAUGGGCAACUGGGUUCAGGUUCAGCAAGAAAUGAAAUUGAGGCAUCUCCUGUUCGCUGUCUUGUAUCUGAAGUGAAAAGUACUGCAUGUGGGGCUGACUUUACUGUGUGGUUAUCAUCAGUUGAAGGAGCAUCUAUACUGACUGCUGGCCUACCACAGUACGGUCAGCUUGGGCAUGGAACAGACAACGAGUACAAUACUAAGGAUAGCUCUGUGAGGCUUGCUUAUGAAGCUCAACCUCGCCCUAGAGCAAUAGCUUCUCUUGCUGGAGAAACCAUUGUCAAAGUUGCAUGUGGAACAAACCACACAGUGGCUGUGGAUUCAAAGGGCUAUGUUUACACGUGGGGCUUCGGUGGUUAUGGGAGGCUUGGACAUAGAGAGCAGAAAGAUGAGUGGGCCCCUCGUCGUGUUGACAUCUUUCAGAGGCAAAAUGUUCUGCCUGCUGAUUCUGUCAUUUCAGCUGGUUCUGUGAACUCUUCAUGUACUGCAGGUGGUGGACAGCUGUACAUGUGGGGCAAAUUAAAGAAUAAUGGUGAUGACUGGAUGUAUCCUAAACCUCUCUUGGAUUUAAGUGGUUGGAAUUUACGUUGCAUGGAUUCAGGCAACAUGCACCAUUUUGUUGGUGCUGAUUCCUCCUGCAUUAGUUGGGGCCAUGCUCAAUAUGGAGAGUUGGGAUACGGCCCUAAUGGACAAAAGUCUUCAGCCAUGCCAAAAAAGGUAGAGAUUCUCGAGGCCAUGCAUGUUAUGAGUGUUGCAUGUGGUUAUGGCCAUUCCAUGGUUAUAGUGGAUAGAACAAAUGUUGGUGACCGACUUGAUCAGCUUGAUAUACAUGACGGCAAAGCUUCUGGUGAAGUGAACGAGGAACCACAAAAUAAAGCUCCAGUUUCCACAAAAAAGAGUGCUGCUAAAGCUUCUGAUAAGUCCAAGAAGAGGAAAAAAUCAAAAAGUUCUUCGGAAGAGGAAGAGGAAGAGGAGGAAGAGAACAGUGAUGAUGUAAGUGACGACAGUGAAGAAGAGGCUAAUGGAGAGAUGAACCAUAAGAAACAGUCAGGUGGGAAGGGCUCUGGCAGAGGUCGAGGUAAGGGGGCUAAUAGCGUAUCAGAAGAUGGAAAAGGUACAAGGCGUGGCCGGGGUCGCCCUCCUUCGGCAAAUAAAAGCUCACAACCUACUCAGGGAAAAACCGGAAAGAGGGGACGCCCUCGUAAGUCAUAACUUACAUGCACCCUCUUUAAAUCAGAAAUUUUGUUCUCUCUAUGUAGAGAUGAAAGUUUACCUUGUUUUAUACAGGCGGGGGAGUAUUUGCGUUAUUUUUUAUCUUUUUUUUUGGUCAAUUUAUAUUUUCAAACGCUUGCUCACCAUCUUAUUAUGAUUGGUUGUUGACAACAACAUUACUGGACUAACUCUAUAAUUUGUCGUCAGGGAGAAGAAAAUUGUUUCGAGUGCUUUUUGUACCAAAAUUCAUAUUUCAAGGAAAUUUUCUUAUUGUUAUACUCAUUGCCACACUGAAA